GUUUGCUGAAGAACGCAGCAGUUAGCUAGUGAAAACGGCCACGCACAGUCAUCAGUGCCACAUCGGUCGCAACCGUACCGAAUCGAGUUCGAAAGCGAGUUUUCUCGCAUCGGAGAAUUCGCGAGUUGUCUUUUUGCGUCGCAUCGGAAUCUUAUAGGAUAUAGAUAGUGCAUGCAUCUCGCGUUGUAACACACCGAUAUAUCCUACGGCAUUAUAUUUCUGUUGAUUAUUAGUGUACUAACGUGUCGUUGAAAUAGUGUUCUGACAUCACUGACAUCACUAAAAAUAAAUCGUAUAUCUGUGCAUCCUACAACGCACGCAAAGAGAGAGAGAGAAAGGGACGGAAAAUAAUAUUACGUGCUGUUCAUUAUCUAUUGAUACAAUAAAUCAGUAGUGUCAUUAUCUAAAUAUGGCGACUCAUGCAUUCCGCGGUAUCCAGAAGUUGAACCGAGUAUUAGAUGCUAGCAUAAAAGUGCUGAAUUCCUCAUUAAGGUGUGCAUCGACAUCAUUACAAACUAGACUUGUAACAGGCUCAAAUGGCGAGAAGACGUUUAUAGCUUCUAAUGAUCUCUCUUAUCCGGAAACCAUAAUCCACGAAUUUAUUUGGAACAACAUUGAAAAUUAUCCUGAUCAUAUCGCUUUGGAAUGUGGUAUUAGUGGCAAGAAAUACACGUACGCACAAGCCAAAGAUGCGACAUAUUAUAUUGGCAGAAGUUUGCGGCACAUAGGUCUCAAAGAAGGCGAUGUGAUAGCAUUGGUGGCGCCUAAUUUACCGGACGCAAUUUUAGCUUUCCUCGGGAGUUCGUCAAGUGGACUCAUUAUCACUACAAUGAAUCCGUUUUGUACUGCUAACGAAAUGUCCAAUCAGCUGACAAAAGCCAAUGCAAAAGCAGUUAUCACGUCAGCUUCAAUUGCAUCAACAGUGUUGGCUGCAACAAGAGCUUCUCUUCCACCUGGAACACCUUUUAUUGUGAUUGAUGAUAAAGCUGGUUCUAUACCAGAUGGUUCGAUACCUUUUGAUGAUCUCAUAACACGAGGUAAAUCAUUACCACCUGUAAGUACGAAGGCAACUUGCGACGAUGUAGCAAUUCUACCAUUCUCAAGUGGCACAACUGGAUUACCAAAGGGUGUUAUGUUAACACAUCGUAAUCUGGUUUCUAAUAUCGAAAUGACUCAAGCCUCUUUUGGCGAUUCAUACCGUCCUACUACAAGUACUUAUCAAGAAAGCUAUCCUUUAAUAUUACCUUUUUUCCAUAUUUACGGACUGAACGGUGUGGCACUUUCACGUCUUGCUUACGGUGCGAAAAUAGUCUGUGUUCCAAAAUUUAUACCGGAAACAUUCCUCGAUGUGAUGCACAAAAGCAAGGCAACCGGACUGUUUUGCGUGCCACCAAUUAUAUUAUUUCUGUCAGCUUCUCCUCUUGUUAAAAUGCAUCAUCUCGAGCAUCUUCACUCAAUAAUAAGUGGGGCCGCGCCGCUCGCGAAAACGGACGUCGAUAAAUUAUUUAACAAAUUCAACAUUGAUUCCACUAACAUUAGGUUUCGUCAAGGUUACGGAUUGACAGAAACUUCAUCAGUGGCAUUCGUUGAAAAUGGAGAGAAAUUUUCUAGCAUUGGAAAAACCGUAGACGGUACCCAAGCACGCUUAGUAAAUAUAGAGACUCAGCAGGAUAUCGCCACUCCUGGCGAAACAGGCGAAUUAUGGAUUAAGGGACCUCAUGUUAUGAAAGGAUAUCUAAAUAAUGAAGCUGCAACGAAAGCAACAUUAACCGAGGAUAAAUGGUUGAAAACAGGCGACAUCGCUUACUAUGACGAAGAUUAUGAUUUUUUUAUUACGGAUAGAUUGAAAGAACUUAUUAAAGUCAAAGGAUUCCAGGUACCUCCAGCGGAAUUGGAAGCUUUAUUGCGAUCACAUCCGGAUGUAGAUGAAGCAGCAGUGAUCGGAAUUCCGCAUCCGAGGUGUGGCGAGGUACCAAAAGCGUUCAUAGUGGCGAGUAAGGGUAAAACACCUACGGAAGACGAUAUUAAGAACUUUGUGAAAGGAAAAGUCUCCGACUACAAGGAACUCGAAGGCGGGGUUACAUUCAUUAAUGAGAUUCCGAAGAAUCCUUCUGGAAAAAUUCUAAGAUCGAAAUUGAAGAGCACGUAUCAUUCUUAAACAGAAUUUUUAAUAAAAAUUUGUGUAGAAUUAAAUCAAUAAUAUAAAAAAUU